AUGCCUCAUGUGUUAUGCAUUAUGCAAGAAUCUGUGCAGUGUGCUCCCCGCUUAACUCGUUUCGCGAGAUAGACUGUCGUGUUUUUCUGCCAUAUUCUUUCGUUUUCGAUGAAUGAAUCUAAUUUUAUUAAAGUUAGAGGAAUGUAUGAAGAUCCAAACUUUCUAAUAGAUACUGGACUAUUACCACAAAUUGCUCUAGAAUGUCGAACAGUCAGAAUAGGUUCUUACAAAUAUAUACCUCAAGAAAAAGUAGUAAUUUGCCGCAAUGGUGUAAAACUUCAUGUACCUUCAUUAGAAAAUGAUUCUAGUUUUGUUACUUUUGAUGUGAAGUAUGAAGAUAUAAUUAAGUUCUUUGUUCAUUUUGGAAAGGCAAUGCCAGUAAUAUUCUUUUAUAUAUCUGCAAGAACAGGAACCAUGAUACAUGAAUUAUUAGGGAUGCAAGAUCUAGUAGGACUACAUGACCCCAGUGGAAAAAAUCUCGUGCAUAAAUAUAUUACAUUAUUACCAAAUAAGUUUCCGGAGAAUUCAAAGACAAUUCUAACAAGUUUAUUUUCACGAGAAAAUAAAAUGGUCGAAAUAACUCCUCAAAAAGCUAACGAUUUACUUCAACGGACAGCACCAAAAGAUAAUUUGUUACAGUUUAUUACUAUACAGGAAGAAAAACCGAGUCAAAACUUAGUAAAUGAUAUCGAUGUAGGAAAUGAUGAUACACAAAUAAUAGUUAUAUAUCCACCAUCUCCUGCAAAAGGAGGAAUAGCCAUCAAUACUGAACAUUACUUAUGUCUCGCAGAAGACAAUUUCUUGAACGAUGUAAUUAUAGAUUUUUAUUUAAAAUAUUUGACCUUAGAGGUAUUAUCAGAAUUUGAUCAACAAAGAACGCAUGUGUUCAAUUCGUUUUUUUACAAACGUUUAACUAGUUCAUAUGUUCAAGAUGCUCAAAAUACCGUGUCAAUGACACUUGCUGCCAGGCGGCAUGCAAGAGUACAGACAUGGACGAAGGACGUCAAUAUAUUUGAAAAAGAUUUUAUUAUAAUUCCUAUAAACAAAGACGCACAUUGGUUCUUGGCUAUUAUUUGUUUUCCUGGAUUAGUUGAAAAAAUUUCCACGUGUACUGCGAAAACUAGAGGAAACGAUAAUAAUAAAACUGUGCAAAAGACCAAAAAAAUAAAAGAGUUGAAGAAAACUAUUACAAUUGAUUUUACAACAAUUCCUCCUGCAUCAAUCAUAACGAUAGAUAAUGAAUCUGAAAGAAACAAAGCAGAAGACAAUGAUGAUAAAAUAAAAAUAGAAAUAGACAAAAAGAAUAAGACUGACCAAUCGAAAAAAAAUGCAACCCAAAUUAACGUUGAACUUGAGAAGCAGAAGGAAAUCAUCAAAAAACCUUGUAUACUAAUAUUUGAUUCGCUUCCUGGUGAGAAUAGAACACGAAUAAUUGCUACGUUAAGAGAUUAUUUAAGUUGCGAACAUGUUGCCAAACUUGGUGUAAAAAAAAUAUUCUCAGAAGAUACUAUUAAGGGAGAGUUUCUGAAAGUACCCCGGCAAUCAAAUUUUGCUGAUUGCGGAUUGUAUGUAUUACAAUAUGUGGAAAGUUUUUUCAAGGAUCCUAUUAAAGAUUAUACUUUGCCAAUUAAAACCUUGAAAAAAUGGUUUGAAGAAAUUAUCAUAACGAGGAAAAGGGAGGAGAUAUCGAACUUGCUAAUUAAAUUGAUGAAUAAUACCAAAGGGAAUGAAACUUCGAUUGAUUUGCCUACUAUAAAUUUCCCCAAACAAGAUGGCAAGCUGAAAUCGAAAGUUAAAAAUCGGACAGAUAUAAAAACUGCGGAGUUAGAAUCCAAGAAUAAUAAAAGGUCAUCGACUGAAAUGCGGAAUCAAGAUAACUUUGGUAUCACUGCUAAAAAAUACAAAAUGGAAAUUUUUUAA